AUGCCUCGGGGUCAGAAGAGUAAGCUUCGCGCCCGUGAAAAACGCCGCCAGGCUCGACAAGAGCCCAGUGAUCUGGUGGAAGCUCAGCCCACUGAACCAGAGAAAGAAGAAUCCCCUUCUUCCCCAUCUCCUUCUUUUGAAGAUGUUCCCCAGAGCUCAGCUGCCACUGGAACAUCCAGCAGUCUUCAAUUGCCUGGCAAAGUCUGCUCCACCACCACUGUUGCUGCCUCUGUUUCAGAUGCAAAAUUUAGUGAAGGUGCCACCGAUCAAGGAGAGGAAAGGCCAAAAGCCUCUCAUAGUCAAGAUACCAUCCAGCGCCAGCCCAAAGGUUCUGUAGACGAGAAGGUUGCUUUGUUGGUGCAUCACCUUCUGUACAAGUAUCAAACGAAAGAGCCUGUGACCAAGGCAGAUAUGCUGAAACAUAUGUAUAAGAAUCACUACCUUGAGAUCCUCCAGAGAGCUGCUGAGCACAUGGAGAUGAUCUUUGGCCUUGACCUGAAGGAAGUGGAUCCCUACCGGCACAUCUACAUCCUUGUCAACAAAAUGGAAGCAAGCUGCGAUGCAAGGCUGAGAGAUCAGAUCGAGAUUCCCAAGACAGGCCUGCUGAUGGUUGUUCUGGGUGUUAUCUUCAUGCAGGGCAAUUGUGCUAGUGAGGAGCAAAUCUGGGAAGUCCUGAAUGUGAUGGGGUUAUAUAAGGGGAGGAUGCACUUCAUUUUUGGGGAUCCUAAGAAGGUCAUUACCAAAGAUUUAGUGCAGGAGAACUACCUAGAGUACCGCCAGGUGCCCAACAGUGAUCCUCCACGCUAUGAGUUCCUGUGGGGCCCGAGAGCCCAUGCUGAAACCAGCAAAAUGAAAGUUCUUGAAUUCUUGGCCAGCAUGCAUGAUACAGUCCCCAGUGCCUUCCCAUCCUUGUAUGAAGAAGCUUUAAGAGAUGAAGAAGAGAGAGCCCGAGCCAGAUUUGCAGCCAUGCUUCGCACCAGUACCGUGGCCAGUGUGCAUUCUGGGGCCAAUGGCCGAGGCAGCUUCUCUCACCUGUAG